UAUCAGUUAACCUUGGCUUUUACCUUCCGCGUUACAUACCGCAGAAUCAAAGCUUCUUCGCGCUUCUCUUUCCCUUUUGCUGUGAGGACUUCUUCUGCUUUCAUCGAUCAAUGGCAGGGAUCCACUACAAGUAUUUGAUCCUCGGAGGAGGAGUAGCAGCGGGAUAUGCUGCUAGGGAGUUUGCAAAGCUUGGUCUCAGUUCGGGAAAGCUAGCGAUCAUUUCUAAAGAGGGGGUAGCUCCUUAUGAGAGACCGGCACUUAGCAAGGCAUACCUUUUCCCUCAAGGAGCUGCAAGAUUGCCUGGCUUUCAUGUUUGUGUCGGGAGUGGUGGAGAGAGACUACUUCCAGAAUGGUAUUCUGAAAAAGGUAUAGAUCUGAUACUAAGCACUGAAAUUGUGAAAGCGGAACUUUCGGAGAAGACUCUUACUAGUGCAGCUGGUGCAACUUAUACUUUUGACAAUUUGGUCAUUGCUACUGGCUCAUCGGUCAUAAGGCUGACUGACUUUGGCGUUGAAGGGGCAAAUGCCAACAACAUAUUAUACUUGAGGGAGAUUGAUGAUGCUGAUAAGCUUGUGGAAGUAAUACAGAGCAAGAAGAAUGGGAAAGCUGUAAUUGUUGGAGGUGGAUACAUUGGUCUUGAACUUGGUGCGGCUCUUAAACUAAAUGAUCUAGAAGUCACGAUGGUGUACCCUGAGCCCUGGUGCAUGCCUAGGCUCUUCACUGCUGGAAUUGCUGCUUUUUACGAGGGUUAUUAUGCAAACAAGGGAAUUAAAAUAAUCAAGGGGACUGUGGCGGUUGGAUUUAACUCUGAUGCUAAUGGGGAUGUUACUGCGGUAAAACUGAAGGAUGGAAGAGUGCUAGAUGCUGAUAUUGUUGUUGUUGGUGUUGGUGGAAGACCUCUCACAACACUUUUCAAAGGUCAAGUUGAUGAAGAGAAAGGCGGAAUUAAGACGGAUGGCUUCUUCAAGACAAGUGUCCCUAAUGUUUAUGCUGUGGGUGAUGUUGCCACUUUUCCUCUGAAAUUAUACAACGAGUUGAGGAGAGUAGAGCAUGUUGAUCAUUCAAGAAAAUCUGCAGAGCAUGCUGUAAAGGCAAUAAAGGCAGCUGAAGAAGGCACAAAUAUUGAAGAAUAUGAUUACCUCCCAUACUUCUACUCUCGUGCAUUUGAUCUAUCGUGGCAAUUCUACGGUGACAACGUUGGAGACACGAUUCUUUUUGGUGAUAGCGAUCCAUCAUCUGCUAAGCCAAAAUUUGGCUCAUACUGGAUCAAAGAUGGGAAGGUUUUUGGUGCUUUCCUAGAAGGGGGAACGCCGGAGGAGAACAAGGCAAUUGCUAAGGUCGCGAAGCUCCAGCCACCUGUGGCAGACGUAGACCAGCUCAAGAAUGAAGGCCUUUCUUUCGCAACGAAGUUGGAGUGAUUAGGUGAGUCCCCAUUAGGCGACCUCCCUGCUGUUUGUAAUAAAAGCGUUUGAUAUGAUUUUAACUCUCUUUUUU